AGCUGGUGCUGGGGUUUCGAGCUCACGUGGUGGCGCGGCGUGGAAUUGGGGCUGAAAGCGAGUGGGCCUGAAGGCAGGCCGCAGUGGAGGAAGGCGCUGUUUUCCAGCCUCGCGGGCCUCGGGUCGCUUGGCUCCCUAGGGUAGGCGUCUGCCUGCGCGCUGCGAGAUGGACACUCCCCCGCUUUCAGGAUCGGACUCAGAUUCUGAUGAUUCUCUUGUUACAGAUAGAGAAUUGCAGGAUGCGUUUUCCCGAGGGCUCCUGAAGGCAGGCCUCAAUGUGGUGCUAGAGGGGCCGAAGAGGGCUGUGAACAACGUGAAUGGUCUGAAGCAGUGUUUAGCAGAAUUCAAGAGGGAUCUGGAAUGGAUUGAAAGGCUUGAUGUGACCUUGGGUCCUGUGCCAGAAAUAAGUGGACCUCAGUCGACAACUCAGAACAAGGAUAAGAAAGCUGUUGAUCCAGAAGAUGACUUCCAGCGGGAGAUGAGCUUCUACCGUCAGGCUCAGGCCGCAGUGCUUGCAGUAUUACCCCGCCUCCAUCAGCUCAAAAUCCCUACCAAGAGGCCCACUGAUUAUUUUGCAGAGAUGGCCAAGUCUGAUCAGCAGAUGCAAAAGAUUCGACAGAAGCUGCAGGUGAAACAGGCUGCCAUGGAGAAGUCUGAAAAGGCUAAACAGCUGCGAGCACUCAGGAAGUACGGAAAGAAGGUGCAAACAGAAGUUCUCCAGAAGAGGCAGCGGGAGAAAACACAUAUGAUGAACACCAUUAAGAAAUAUCAGAAAGGCUUCUCUGAUAAACUGGAUUUCCUUGAGGGAACUCAGAAACCUGGUGCACGGGCCACGAAGGAAGGAGCUAAAGGCCAGCAGAUGAGAAAGGGGCCCAAUGCCAAACGACGCUAUAAAAACCAAAAGUUUGGUUUUGGGGGAAAGAAGAAAGGCUCCAAGUGGAACACUCGUGAGAGCUAUGAUGAUGUAUCCAGCUUCCGGGCCAAGACAGCUCAUGGCAAGGGCCUCAAGAGGCCUGGAAAGAAAGGAUCAAAUAAGAGACCUGGAAAACGAACAAGAGAGAAAAUGAAGAGCAGAACACGCUAAGCAGCAUCUCUGUAUAAAGAACCAAGAGAAAGGAAUGAAGGCUUGGGAUUUCAUAAUGCAAUUGGAUCCAUUCUGUUGAUUUAUUUUUGCAAGAAAUUUUUCAAUAAACUAAGGAAAAUGUUCAAAGAGACAUCUACUCUUGGUUAAAAACCAAAAAUGGAAAGAUUUCGGAGUUACUUCUACAUGUUAAAUAGUACUGCUAUUUAUUGAUGGUAAUUUAGACUUUGAGUCCAGAUUGCCUUCCUUAUGAUAGAUGAAGAUUUAAUUUAUAUGUGCUCCCCCCUGGUUUCUCUUCUCUGUAUUCCAGAGCUGUAUCAUGAUCUUAGAUAAAUCAGUAAUCAGUAUUUAUAUCAUUAUGAUUGUUUAAAUACCAAUUAGAGCUAGAUGUACUAUGAUAAAAUUUCCUUUGUGGUUCUUCCUUGAGGUAAUUAUCACCCUACAGUUUUCUUUGUGCCUGAUUUUCCUUCUAUGUCUUUUUUUCUUAGAUGCUUCGUCACUUUAUCCAUCUUGUAAUUUUCCUGUCACAGCUGUCACCCUGUCUCUUCUAGACCAUCUAGAUUGAAUCCACUAUUUCCUGGGUCCCGUAUUUUCCUUUCUUAGUUUAAAUCUUUUGUACACCAUUUUCUAGUACCUUCAUGGGAAAGAAUGUGGAGGUGAACGUUUCUCUCUUGUAUUUUUGCAAUUACCUUUAGUCUGGCUGGUGUGAAUUUUCUGGAGAAUGUUGCCAGCACCACUUUGUCUUGCAGCCUCUUGGGCUGCCGUUGAGAAGUUGAUGCCACUCUAGUUCUGUUUUUCCUCUGGAAACUCCUCUUCUCCCAGCGAUCUGAAAUGCCAUGAUGACAUGCCUUCAUGUGGGCCGGUGUUCAUUCUUUGAUUAGGGUAUUUGGAAAGAUUCAGGUUCUUUAGUUCUGAGAAAUUAUAUUUGAUAAUCUCCUUCCUAUUUUCUUUGUUCUAACUCUGGAAUUCCUGUUAGUCACAUUUUGAACAUCUGAUGAUGAUCUUCUAAAUUUGUAUUUUAGUUCUACUUUGGAAAGAUUUCUUUGAUUCUUUUUUCUAAUCAUUUUAUUAAAUAUUUAUUUUGGCUUUCAUUUUUUAUUUUAUCCCCCAAGAGUUCUUUAUUCUCUAAUUGUUCCUUUUCCAUAGCAUAGCACUCUUACUCUACAGAGGUAGUAUCUCAUCAUGUCUCUCAGAAUAUGAAUUAUAUAGUUUGGGUUUUUUUAAAGCGUUUUCUUCUGUUCCCUCAUUCUGUUCUCUGCAGUUUCUCCCCUGCCAUUCUGAGCUCCCUUUUUCACGUUGAGCCACGUGGAAGUCAGUGCAUGGACUCUGGGGCCAUACUGCUGGAUUUAACUCUGGCUCUCGGCUUACCUACUCUCUAACUUCAGCAAGUUCAUUUUCCUUGCUUCGUAAUCUCUAUACAGGCAUGAUAAUGGUCCUACCAAAUAGGUUCUUGUCAGCAUUGAGUUAAUGUGUGUGAAAUGCUUAGAAUAUUGCCUGCCUUUUAAUAAUAUAUAUGUGCUUAGGAUUAUUUUGAUGGGGUGGCUUUCUUUGAUGUCUGAUGAGCCUUGGUGGUACAUAUUUGAGAGGCACUCUCUUCGAACAAGCCACAUGUUCGAAGGUUGGGUGUGGGUGGGUAGGCCAUGUUGCAUGUUGGUUAAUAGUUUACCUGCCCUUCCUCUCUCCAUUCCAGUUUAGGAAUUGUACUUUAAAGAAGCUAGAAAUAUUUGGGAACUAUAUAUUCCUAAGCAGAAAAAAUAGUUUAUUUUCACAGUUUCCUUUCUUGUGGCAUCAUUGGUACAUAAAAAAGGAUGUUUCUUGUUUCCUUAGUGAGUUUCUAGUACAAAGAGAAUGAAUUCAGUUUUUGUAAACUAAUUGUAAAAAAUUCUGAGCAAACUCAUGUUUUCAGAAGACCAAAAAGUAUUUUAUCCUGACCUAUUUUUUUGUAAUCUGUACAAUAUAAGUGAAUGAGUAAUACAUAAUAAUUCAAAUAAGGAGCCUCAGAAUCGGAGACUUUUAAUUGGAACAGAUUGAGGGUUUUAAAAAAGAACAGAGGUUCACAGCAGUUCACACUGGUAUGGCAAAAGGAAGUUAUUAAAAAGGAUUUGAAAACUGUA